GGGCAGGGUCGCGGAGUGGUGGGCGCGCACCACUCUACUUGUACCCCCCGCUGACCGAGCCCCAGCGCGCCCACACACGCCGCCGCGAGCGCGAACAAAAUGCAGCGGCAGCAGCAGCAGCAGCAGCAGGCCGCGCCGCCGCACCGGCACGCGAAGACGGACUCGGAGGUGACGUCGAGCAUGGCGCCGUCGUCCCCGCCGCGCGCGGCCUACUACGUGCAGUCGCCGAGCCACGACGACGGCGAGAACAAGACGGCCGCCUCGUCCUUCCACUCCUCCCCGGCGGCGUCACCGCCGCGCUCGCUGGGGCGGGCGUCCCGGGACUCCUCCUCCUCCCGCUUCUCCGCCAGCGCCAAGGGCCCCUCCUCCCGCGCCGGCGCCGGCGGCGGCGCCGCGCCCGGGGGAGGAGGCGGGCGCGGGCGCCGCGGCGGCGGCGGCGGCGCGUGGAUGAAGGAGGCGGCCAUCGAGGAGGAGGGCCUGCUGGGGAUGGACGACGACGGCGACGACGGCUACGGCGGAGGCCGCGGCGGCGGGUGGAGCGGGAUCCCCAGGCGGGUGCGGUACGGGAUCCUCUUCGUGGGCGCCUUCUUCGGGCUCUUCUUCUUCUUCGCGCUCAUCCUCUGGGGCGCCAGCCGCAACCAGCGGCCCGUUGUCACCCUCCACUCCGCCACGUUCCACCGCUUCGUCGUGCAGGCGGGGACCGACGCCUCGAGCGUGCCCACCGAGAUGGCCUCGCUUAACGCCACCGUCAGGCUCAACUUCCGCAACACCGGCACCUUCUUCGGGGUGCACGUCUCCGCCGAACCCGUCACGCUCUACUACACCCAGCUCCAGCUCGCCGCCGGCAAUAUCAAGUACUUCUACCAGGCGCGGAAGAGCCAGCGGAGCCUGGCGGUGUCGGUGGUGGGCGACAAGGUGCCGCUGUACGGCGGCGGGGCGGGGCUGAGCAGCACGCCGACGACGCUGCCGCCGGCGAAGAAGAAGAUGCCGCCGGUGGUGGUGCCGCCGCCGCCGGUGCCGCUGCAGCUGACGGUGCGGCUGCGGUCGCGCGCGUUCGUGCUGGGCAGGCUGGUGAAGCCCAAGUUCCACAGCGAGGCGCGCUGCAACGUGACCAUGGACCAGACCAAGCUCGGCAAGCCCGUCUCCCUCAGCAAGGCCUGCACCUACACCCACUGACUGAUAGCCCUCUAGACAAGUUCGAUCGUCUGCUGGCUGGCGUUUGCUACCGUCUCCGUCGUGAUCUUUGUUGUUGGUGUUCUUGAACUUCUCUUGGUCAGAUAUACUGCGUGGGUGGGAUGCGAGAAUUGUUGGUCGAUUGCUAUGUACAGAGGAAUUUUUGAUGUGGGAGAGUUCGAGAUGGAAUAAUAAUUAAACUUUUUUUUCUUU